AUGUCUCUAGGCAAAUCCAGCCGAUGGUGCUGUUCAUCCGCUAGGAAGCAGAGGAAAAAACCAAUGAGAUCUCUGUCUCCACCGAAGACGAAUUCAACAUCGAGAAGCUUCAGUUGGUCGAAGCUGAAAAGAAGAACAUCAGGCAAGAGUACGAACGCAAAUAACGCCAAGUCGAAAUUCGCAAGAUGUAACUUCCUAUAUACCUUUCUAUCCUCUUUUUAUGUUGAUUUUAUCUCUGUGAGUUCGAAAUUCAUUAGGAUUUAUCGUCCGUUGACAUUGUUUGAAAUUAAAUUCUGGAGACUAAGUCCAACUCGCUUAGAUCUUGAUCCUUGGGUGUGA